AUGGCACAUCCACAGACUAUGGAAAUGCCAGAUCUUUCCAAUGCUAUUGUGGCACAAGAUGAAAUGGGUAGACCAUUCAUUAUUGUCAAGGAUCAAGGGAAUAAGAAGAGACAACAUGGUAUUGAAGCUAAAAAAUCACAUAUCUUGGCCGCUAGAUCUAUAGCAUCCAUCAUCAAGACUUCUUUGGGUCCUCGUGGUCUUGAUAAGAUUCUAAUUUCUCCAGAUGGUGAUAUAACGAUAACAAACGAUGGUGCUACCAUUUUAUCACAAAUGGAAUUAGAUAAUGAAAUCGCAAAAUUAUUAGUACAAUUAUCCAAAUCUCAAGAUGACGAGAUUGGUGACGGUACCACUGGUGUUGUCGUGUUGGCUAGUGCUCUUUUGGAUCAAGCUCUCGAACUGAUCGAGAAAGGUAUCCAUCCAAUUAAGAUUGCCAAUGGGUUCGAUGAAGCUGCAAAAGUUGCCAUCGCUCAAUUGGAAUCCAAGGCUGAUGAUGUUGCAGUAAGUGACGAACUUUUUGAUGAGUAUCUAUUGAAAGCAGCAGGAACUUCAUUAGGUUCCAAAAUUGUCUCUAAAGAUCAUGAUAAAUUUGCUAAAAUGGCUGUAGAAGCAGUUAAGACUGUGAUGAAUAAAGAAAGAAAAGAUGUUGAUUUCGAUCUAAUUAAGUUACAAGGACGUGUUGGUGGUUCCUUGAAGGAUUCUGUAUUGAUCAAUGGUGUUAUACUAGAUAAAGAUUUUUCGCAUCCACAAAUGCCAACUGAAGUUCUACCAAAGGAAAACGAAGAAGAUGUCAAAUUAGCCAUCUUAACAUGUCCAUUUGAGCCUCCAAAACCAAAAACUAAACAUAAAUUAGACAUUUCUUCAGUGGAAGAAUAUCAAAAAUUACAAACUUACGAACAAGAUAAAUUCAAAGAAAUGAUAAAUUAUAUCAAAGAUGCCGGUGCAGAUGUUGUCAUAUGUCAGUGGGGUUUCGAUGAUGAAGCUAAUCAUUUGUUAUUACAAAAUGAGUUACCUGCUGUGAGAUGGGUUGGCGGUCAAGAAAUUGAACAAAUUGCAAUUGCCACAAAUGGUCGUAUUGUACCACGUUUCCAAGAUUUAUCUAGUAAUAAGUUGGGUUCUUGUGGGAAAAUUUACGAAAUGGAAUUCGGUACCACCAAAGAUAGAAUGCUAGUAAUUGAACAAUGUAAAGGUAGUAAGACUGUAACUUGUUUCAUUCGUGGUUCAAAUAAGAUGAUCGUCGAUGAAGCUCAACGUGCUUUACAUGAUUCCUUAUGUGUUGUUCGUAACUUAGUCAGAGAUUCUAGAGUCGUAUACGGUGGUGGUGCAGCUGAAAUAGUAAUGUCUCUUGCUGUUGAAGAGGAAGCUGAUAGACAACGUGGCAUUGACCAAUAUGCAUUCCGUGCUUUUGCUCAAGCAUUAGAUAUUAUUCCAAUGACAUUAGCUGAAAAUUCCGGUCUUGAUCCAAUUGAAACUUUAUCAACUUUGAAAAGUAAACAACUCAAAGAAAACGCCUCCGUCAUAGGUGUAGAUUGUCUAGGUAAAGGUAGCAAUGAUAUGAAAGAAUUAUUUGUUGUUGAUCCAUUUAUUGGUAAGAAACAACAAAUUCUCUUGGCCACACAAUUAUGCAGAAUGAUUUUAAAGAUUGAUAACGUUAUUAUCAGUGGCAAAGAUGAAUAUUGA